AUGAGGCCAGGAGGCAUCUAUUUGGAUUCCUAUGGAGCCAAUGGUGACAAUCAGUUCUGGAAUAUGCUGCUGUGCCUAGCAGGGCUUGAAGCAUGGCUGCAGCUUCCCAUCAAUGACAGCACAUAUGGCGAGGAUAUUGUGCUUAAGGCCAAUGAAUGGCAUGCGUCCCUUGUGCCUGUCUGCAUGGGAGCUGGGUAUCAGCCAGGAGGAGUCCACCUGGUUGCCAGGAGCAUCUUGGCGAUCCACAGCUUGAGACACCAGGGGUUCAGGUCAGCUGGCCAGCUGACAGAUGUCUUUGGACAUCUACAAGGAUUGAUGUUUGCGCACACCAGCCCAUGCCAUUGGUGCCGAUGA